AUGGAAGAAUCGACGAUCCCCGACAUCUUGGAACACUUGGGUCGACUGCUGAACACACCACCAAUCUCAGUCGAGAUUUUCCCCGGAGAUGGAUAUGAGGUCGUUCAGGAUACCGACGGAACGGACGAUACCACAAGCAGGCACAAACCGUUUAUGUUCUUAGAGGACAACCUUGGAGUACCACAAAAGGUUCUUCACAAGGCGUACAUGUUCGCCGUUAGGUCAUUCGCGAAGUACAGGCGGGAGGCACGCAUCCUGGACGGAGAUCGGAAAGUCUUAGAAUCGUUGGUACACUCCUCAGCCGUCCUUCUACUGGCCAACCCUGCCCAUCAAACUGCGUUGAAUGUGCGAAAGAGGCUCGUUCUCUGUCAAGUCAUAGAUCCUGCACACGAGAUGCGAUUCGUUGCAGCGCUUCUGACAGUCCGUGAGGGUGCCAAGCAAUCCAUCUUGUGGCAUCAUCGCAGAUGGUUGUUUCGGCGUUUGUGUCUUACCCAAGAAAGCGCAGAUCCUGGAGACGUCUCUACUCCUUCGUUUCAGAGUGAUGGUUCCUUGGAAAAUGUCGCAAUACUUCCUGGAACAUUGCAGCAUGAAUUCAAAACCAUCUCGCAGGCAUGCGAGGUCUAUCCACGAAAUUACCAUGCCUGGGCCCAUCGAUAUAUUUGCUUUGACGCAUUGGUCGCGCUCCUCUCUUCGUCGUCCCCUCAGCAUAGUGAGUAUGCAGCGGUGCUGGCCGACGAGUAUACCUCCAUGCGGCAGUGGGUCGAGCGCCAUGUCUCCGAUUAUACGGCGGUACAGUAUCUCUGCAAUAUUCACACACAUCUCCCCAACCGCACUCCAGCCUCAUACUUGACACCUAGCAUUGCUGCGUGCCCAGGACGCCCCGCCCUGCUCCGGGAUGACCAUGCAAUCAUUGCGCACGCGAGAUUGCUGGUCGAGGCAUAUCCUGACCACGAGUCACUCUGGCUGUACCUUCGUAGAUCACUCACUAUUAGUCUCAAGUCUCUCGACUGCGCAUCGAGGACAGACCAGUGUGUCCUUACCUUUGCACACGAAUUUCUCGCGCAGGAGCCAGGCCGUGCAGUAACCAAUCCAUCUCUCCGUUCACUGUCGGCGGCAGACCCACGAGUUGUGCACACACAUGCCUGUCGAUUCCUCGCCUGGUAUGCACGUACAAAUGGCAGUUUGGUGCACAUUGGCGAUACGUCCGUGAAGAGCAUAGUUCUUUCGGAUAUUCAUGAUUGCGAAAUUGGGAGACUGUUGAAUCUCCAGGAGCUUUUCCGUAGGCAGAUGUAUGGCACGUCAGAGACGGUGAGAUGA